AACAUGUUGGGCUGGACAAGUGAAGUGGAUAAGGAUAUUAGAUCAUUUGCUGCGAAGGUCACAGCCGAGCUCGCUGAUUACCUUCGAGUUAUCCCUAUCCCUGGGGCGGUGAAGCUCAUAGCCUCACUUUUGGACAUUGUUCAUGAAGAGAAUAUAAAGAAUCCUCUUUUGGACAUUCUUAGCAUUGAGCCACAACAAGAUAACGUGAUUCAGCAAGUUCGCAGGAACAAGCAGACCUCCCCAGUGCUUAAAUGGUUGAAACAGAUGGCACUAUACUGUUUGAUUCCGAGAGAGGAGCCAGCUAACAUAGAUGAACAAAACAUCCAUAUACUUAGAUGCUGGAGACAGAUUACAAAACGUUGGUCUGUUCCAGAGGAGGAGCCAUCAACCGACCCGGAUCUCCUCCCUGUACAGGGCAUGUUGAUUCUUGAAAAGCUUGCUAGCUUUGAUCUGGAUAACUGUAUAGAAAUCAACAAAGCAACUGGCCUCAUCUCAAAGAUUGUAGAGUUCACAAGCAACAAUAUUGACAUGACAAAUAUUAGUGAGACACACAAGACACAGCUGAAACGUUCAUCGCUGAAGCUGCUGGCAAGACUUGCGAGUACUAAAGGGAAAUUUGGUGUAACUUUGCGUCAGAAAAUUGCAGAAAAUCCCUUCCUUUGGAGCAACCUUACAGAAAUCUGGGAUGAGGGUGGGAGCAGCCAAGAACUUAGGAUGGGAGCAGCAGAACUCCUUAGAAACCUUGCCGUGGAUGAAAAUAUAAAGGAGGAGAUUGGGCACACCCGAGUAAUCAUUAGCAGGUUGGUGCAUGCAUUUGUCAGCAAAGGUGCACAGCUAAGUACAGAUUCAGAUCGGUUGCUACAAAUGAUCGCUGGGCAAGCACUAGCAUUACUGGCAAUGGAGAGUGAAAAUAACUGUCUGAUUAUGUUAGCGGAACCAGGUUAUGAAUUCAUGAAGGAACUCGCAGUUAUGAUCCAGGGUGAGAGGUACAGGUAUGUAGCAUCAAGCCUGUUGCAGAGUAUAUAUGUGUAUGAUCGAAGUGAGAUUCACAAAUCAAACCUGAAAGAAGUCUCCUACAUUUUGCGACGGGUGAUGGAAGGAAUAAUGGAUGCAGAAGGUGCGGAACUAGAGGUCCUUGUUGGCCUUAGUUCACAAAUAUGUAAUGUCAUUCCUGAAGACUUUGCGCGAGAGCUUGAGCACGGUCAGAUUAAGGAAAGAUUUAUAAAGAGACUUGUCAAUGCACUUAACUCAAAUAUGAUACCCAAUGCUCAUUAUCCUGGCAUCAGGAGGGUGAUAGUUGAACAUGCCAUAUACAUGAUGGAAUUCAAUCUGGUCAACGCUAGCUGUUUCAAGAACUGUCAGAUGAUGGAAGCACUGUUAAUGGUAGAGCGUAAACCUUCAAAGGCUGAAAACUACAGGCUCUUCUUGGGUGAUGCAGGACUCAUGAAGCACAGCAUACCUCUAUCCGCUCUUGUGGCUAGAGCAAAAGAGCUGAUGGGCCAUUAAUAGCUACGAGGCAUCAGAAGUGUCAGCUGAGCAUGCAUUUAGAAGAUAUUCUACUACUGGUCUAUACUGGGACUCACCAUUUGCUCGCCAGAGUGGUGAGUUAUCCAUUGCAAUCCAAGGAGAUCCCAUGAAACUUGACAAGUAGACAUUGUGUGCCAAGACACGAUGCGGGUAACUUAAAUAAUGGCUGUGUUAGUGCUGUAGGAUCAUGGAUAUAUGAAAGAUGAUAAAUCUGCUUUGUGAAUAAAUUUGAAAUGUCAUGGUAGUUGUGCAUUGUCGGGGUGUGAGGCUUCAACACCAACUCAUCGUAUUUUUAAUUUUAUGCCUUAUGACGGCUACUGUGUGGCACUAGUAAAUGGUGUGGUAAUUGAGCACUCACGAGGCAACCACUUCAGUCCAGAUCCUAAAGAACCAUCCACUUUAGUCAUGGACGCGAGGGGUCUUACCACAAACGAUUUUAAACUAAGAACGCACUAUGUAGUAUAGCACGCUAACAUUUGUCGUUUACUCGAAACCAGAAAAUUUCUGCUUCCUACUAGAUCAGAAAUUGGCCAUUAACUGAACACUACAGAGUACCCAUCUCAUAGAACCACGAACUGACGAACUGAACAGACCUAUGUCUACAAUGCAUAGCCCGAUUUGAGAAGAGUUAGCACCAGGCCGCUUCCAGGUUCGUCAGACCCCCGGAGCUCCGGCGGCACUCAGCCUCAGGCCGGAGAUCAAUCGGAGACAAAAAGGGGAUUAUUAACCGGAGGCGAGAA